GUGAUUUCGACGAUGCAUUCAUGGUAAUUAUCACUAUCCUCCAUCUUUCUAGCUUUGUAUGCAUUUGCUUACUAAGAAUAUUGCAUUCUCUCCAUUCCAUACAACAGCUCGAUCCUGAGGACACCAUGGAUGAAGACAGCGAAUUAGACAUUGCAGAGUCUGCCAGCUCCGUGGGUGAUUCAGGUAAAGAUAACUGGAUACUGUGGGUUUUCUAGAGCUGAGAAGAGGUGGGGCUGAGAAGGCUUAGUGAGUGCUGUGCGUCCUAUAACAAACUUAUAGACAUUGAAGACUAUGUAGAGAAUGACAUGGCAUUCGAUGGAGCGUUUUCCGAGAAACCCCAUUUGAAAGCAUACGAGGUGGAUUUCAGCGUCCAGAGUACGAAUAAUCUGAUGCGUAUGCAGGACAAGGAAAUUGACCAAGUAUCAACAAUUCUAGGCCUCUCCAAUGAAGACUCUGCUACACUGCUACGAUAUUUUCGAUGGAACAAAGAAAAACUGUUUGAACGAUACAUGGAUUUACCAGAAAAGAUCCUGCGAGAUGCCGGUGUAUCGAUUAACGACGGAAGAAACAAGGUCACUGUGCUUGCGAAAGACUUGAAGAACUUGAGCGAACCAUUCAUGUGCGAGAUCUGCUGCGACGAUGAUCCAGACAUGGAAACGGUGUGUGUGGCAUGUGGCCAUCGGUUCUGCAAAGGCUGCUAUGAGCAUUAUCUCCGCCAAAAAAUCCGAGAGGAAGGCGAGUCAAGGCGGAUUGAGUGUCCUCAAGACAAGUGCAAUGUCAUUGUGGAUGAAAAGACGGUUGAACAGCUGGUGGAUCCAGAGACAAAUAAAAGAUACCGCACCUUGCUGAAUCGCACGUUCGUCGAUGACAACGACUAUCUGCGGUGGUGCCCUGCACCGGACUGUGAAUAUGCAAUCGAGUGUCAUAUACCAAGUACCUCGCUCGCCUCGAUUGUCCCCACGGUCCAGUGCAAUUGCAGUUUUAAAUUUUGCUUUGGCUGCGGGGUAGCUGAUCAUCAGCCUGCAAUUUGCGCUAUUGUCAAAAAGUGGCUCAAAAAGUGCGAGGAUGAUUCCGAAACGGCAAAUUGGAUUUCGGCCCACACCAAGGAAUGUCCCCGCUGUCAGUCGACCAUUGAAAAGAACGGUGGAUGCAACCACAUGACUUGCCGCAAGUGUCGCCAUGAGUUCUGCUGGGUGUGUAUGGGUCCGUGGUCAGAACAUGGCACAUCGUGGUACAACUGCAACCGGUUUGAUGAAAAGAGCAGCACCGAAGCACGCGAGAGCCAGACGCAAUCGCGCGUCAGUUUGGAACGAUACCUUCAUUACUAUAACCGCUACGCAAACCAUGAACAAUCCGCCAGAUUAGACCAAGACCUAUACACCAAGACUGAGAAAAAGAUGGAAGAAAUGCAAAAGACCAGCGACUUGUCGUGGAUCGAGGUGCAGUUCCUGAAAAAGGCUGUCGACGUCACUGUCCAGUGCCGUAUGACGUUAAAAUGGACCUAUGCCUUUGCAUUCUAUCUGGCCAAGAGCAACGAGACCGCCAUCUUUGAAGACAACCAGCGCGAUUUAGAAAUGGCUACCGAACAGCUUUCCGAACUACUAGAGAAGCCGUUGGAGCGUGAAAAGAUUGCCCAACUGCGUCAAGCUGUUUUGGACAAGUCGGUCUAUGUCAAACAGCGACGAGAGAUACUUCUUGAGGACACAGCAAAGGGUUUAUUGGAUGGUCGAUGGAGCUUUAUGUAAUUAUUUCCCUCUUUCUUUUUCCUCCCACCUCUUCCUCCUUUUUUCCCUGGUAAAUCUUCAAGAACAUCCCUCCCCCUUCUCCCUCCUCUCACCCUCUCCCCGAACACAACAUAUAAACCACAUCACAAUCACUCUUUUUCAUUGCAACCUUCUUUUUUCCUUGCACGCACACUUUGCACAAACACACACCGCACACUUUCUUUUUUUCAACCCAUGGUAAAUAAAAACCAACUGCAUCUCCAGAAAAUUUAAGAAAGAAGGUUUUUUUGUGUCUAGAACACAAACACCGCUUCUCUCUCUCUCUCUCUCUCUUUUUCCGUUCCUGGAAAAUGACACUUGGAGACACAUCCAUCGUAUUGAUG